AUGGAUUGGAAAACAGACGAGGAGUUCAAGAAGUUCAUGGGGAAUCCCUCUAUCGAGGCUGCAAUAAAGCUUGAGAAGAAGAGGGCUGACAGGAAGCUUAAAGAACUUGAUCGAGAAACAAGUGAUAAUCCACUUGUGGGGUUAUUUAACAAGUUGGUUCGCGACAGUUUGUCGAGAGAAAAAGAGAGGUUGGAGCAAGCAGAGGAGACUUUCAAGGCUCUUGAUCUUAACAAGUUGAAAAGCUGUUUCGGAUUUGAUACCUUUUUCGCUACUGAUGUCAGAAGAUUUGGAGAUGGCGGCAUUUUUAUUGGAAAUUUGAGGAAACCUAUUGAGGAAGUAAUUCCCAAGUUAGAGAAGAAGUUAGCGGAAGCUGCCGGGAGGGAGGUUGUGGUGUGGUUUAUGGAGGAACAAACAAAUGAUAUUACAAAACAGGCAUGUGUGGUGCAACCCAAAGCUGAGAUGGACCUCCAGUUUGAGUCAACCAAACUAAGCACUCCUUGGGGGUAUGUUAGUGCAGUAGCUUUAUGCGUUACAACUUUUGGGACGAUAGCUUUGACGAGUGGUUUCUUCGUCAAGCCUGAUGCCACAAUUAAUGACUACCUGAAUGAUGUUGCACCUCUCUUUGGUGGCUUCUUGACCAUUUUAGGAGUUUCAGAGAUAACCACCAGGGUAACGGCAGCCCGUUAUGGUGUUAAACUCAGUCCAUCUUUUCUAGUCCCUUCCAGCUGGACUGGAUGCCUUGGGGUUAUGAAUAAUUAUGAGUCUCUUUUACCAAAUAAGAAGGCUUUGUUUGAUAUUCCAGUUGCACGAACAGCAAGUGCAUAUCUGACAUCAUUGGUUCUUGCGAUUGCUGCAUUUAUAUCUGAUGGCAGUUUUAAUGGUGGUGACAAUGCAUUGUACAUAAGACCCCAGUUCUUUUACAAUAAUCCGCUCCUUUCCUUCAUCCAAUACGUUGUUGGGCCAUAUACUGAUGAUCUUGGGAACGUGCUACCUUAUGCAGUUGAAGGUCUGGGAGUUCCUGUUGACCCCCUUGCAUUUGCGGGGCUCUUAGGCAUGGUGGUGACUUCUUUGAACCUGCUUCCUUGUGGACGACUUGAAGGAGGACGCAUUGCUCAGGCAAUGUUCGGUAGAAGCACGGCUACUUUGUUAUCAUUCGCCACUUCACUUCUGCUCGGCAUUGGUGGUUUGAGUGGCAGUGUCCUGUGCCUGGCUUGGGGACUCUUUGCAACCUUUUUCCGUGGUGGGGAGGAGAUCCCGGCUAAGGAUGAGAUCACUCCAAUAGGAAACGACCGGUUUGCUUGGGGUUGUGUACUCUUUCUUAUAUGUUUCCUUACUCUUUUCCCCAAUGGAGGAGGCACAUUCUCCAGUUCAUUCUUUGGUGCACCAUAUUUUAGGGGUGAUUUGUAA